AUGUCAAGCACAAAUACAACUACCACAAGUGACUACUUCAUAAAACAAAGAGAUCUUUUAUUACAAGAAAUAUCAAACAAUGUAAAUGACGUUUAUCAAAAUAUAGAAAAUUUAAAUAGAUCAUUAAAUGAAUCAAUACAAAUUGGUAAAGAAUUUGAUGAUGUUGGUAGAUUAUGGAGUUCAUUUUAUGAUGGUAUAAAUGAAUUAAAGGAAAGAAGUGAUAGAUUUGAAUUGAAGAGACAGGAAAGAGAACAACAACAACGUGGUGAUAAUUUGGAAAGUGAGGAAUAA